AUGCCCAUCAAUAAUCGUUCGAGAAGCCCCCCGGUCCCGGCUCCGGGUAUGUUCGGAAUAAGAAGAGAAUCAAAAUCAGUACCGGAAUCGGAAUCGGAAUCGGAAUCGGAACCAGAAACUGUGGCAGAUCCCAGGAAUGCAGCCCAAUCCCUAGAUAAAACCACAAGCAUGUUUACCCGGAAACCAGGUAGUAGCUGCGACCCCCACCCCACCCUAUUCCCAAAAGCCCCAAUUCCGCUUGCUAAUAACCGAGAUCUGACAGCGCUUCGCCUACUCGUUCAAGAAACGAUCGCAAAGUGCGACUAGAUGUCACGAGAACUUGUGCAAAUUUCGGCUAGGCUUGGUGCGAUCGAGGUUGGACUUCGGGAUCAGUUGGGGGUGUUGAGAGAGUGCGCGGAUUCGUUGGAUGUGCUCAAGAGCGCAGUUGGUUGA